AUGCCAACAUAUGUCAAAUUUUUUAAGGACAUUUUGACGAAGAAAAGAAGAGUCAGCGAGACGGAAGUAAUCGCGCUAACGCAGGAGUGCAAUGCAUUAGUAAGCAACAGUCUACCCAAGAAACAGAAGGACCCUGCGAGCUUCACAGUUCCUUGCUCGAUCGGAGGGUUGGAUGUGGGACAUGCGUUGUACGAUUCGGGAGCCAACAUUAAUCUCAAGCCACUCUCAAUCUUUAAGAAACUGGGAAUUCGUGAAGUACAACCCACUUCUGUUACUCUUCAGCUCGCUGACAGAACAAUUAAGUACCUUGAAGGAAAGAUUGAAGACGUUCUGGUAAAGGUUGACAACUUCAUAUUCUCAGCAGAUUUUAUCAUCUUGGACUAUAAAGCAGAUAGGGAGGUACCAAAUAUCCUUGGAUGCCCAUUCUUAGCUACUAGAAAAGUUUUAAUCGACGUGCAUAAAGGAGAAUUAACUAUGUGUGUAGAAAAUCGAGAGGUGAAGUUUAUUGUGUUAAACGUAUUAAAGCUCCCGGAUGGUGAAGAUUGUCAACUGAAUAGUAUAGAGUUACCUGAAGAAGAGACCCAUGAUAGAAAGGGAACUGAGAAUCAGGUGGCUGACCACCUGUCCAGGCUAGAAAAUUAA